UUUCUGGAAAACAUAGAGAGCUGCAUGGUGCUCCAAUGGGACCACAUCGAGAUGAACUUCAGGAGUUACGACAACAUCACAGGUCAGUCCAUAGUUGGCUGCAAGUCUGUGAUCAUCCAGAACCAGGUGUUUGUCAUCGUUGCUCAACUCUUUGGUGGUUCCCACAUCUACAAGUUUGAUGAAGACCAAAGCAAGUUCACAAAGUUCCAGGACAUUGAGGUUUCCAAGAUUUCCAAGCCGAAUGACAUCGAGGCAUUUCAGAUCGGCAACGACUGGUUCUUCAUCAUCGCUGACAGCUCGAAGGCUGGACUUUCUACUCUCUACAAAUGGAACGACAAGGGCUUCUACUCCUACCAGUCGCUUCACGAAUGGUUUCGUGAUACCGAUGCAGAGUUUGUGAAUUUGGACGGUAAGGCCCAUCUUAUCCUAGCGAGCCGUUCCCAAGUACCGGUCAUCUACCAGUGGAGCAGGAGCACUCAGAAGUUUGGCUUGCAAGGAGAGAUCCCAAACAUGGAAGAUGUAGUCACUGUCAAGGCCUUCUGGAUCAAGGAGGAUCUUUAUCUGGCCAUGACCCGAUACAUCGGCGACUCCAAAGUCUUGCAUUGGACUGCCAAGGAGUUCUCCGAGGUCCAGGCCCUUCCUUCGAGAGGCUCCAUGAUCCUGCAGCCCUUUUCCUUCAAAGAAAGGUACUACCUGGCUCUGGGAAGCGACUACACCUUCUCGCAGAUCUAUCUGUGGGACGCAGAGGAGAAGGUUUUUGAGCGUUUCAAGGAAGUCUACAUCCAGGCUCCACGUUCCUUCACUGUGGUUUCCACUGACCGGAGGGACUUCGUAUUUGCCUCCAGUUUUAAGGGCAGCACACAGAUCUUUGAGCAUAUCAUCAUUGAUCUGAGUCUUUGAGUGCUGUUGUGGACACAGUCACAGUUAAGGCACGUCAGCAACCCUUCCUUUAGCAGUUGGACGUUUUUCUGGGAAGGCAAUUAGUAGGUUUUAAGA